AUGACUGAUAAACAAGUAGCAUUUACAUUUGAUCAUUUACGUGGAAUUGUUAUGCCUCUGAUUCAACUCGAAAAAUUUACACUCGAUGUAAGACAAUGGAUUAGUAAUGAUAAACAAUUUGUAGAAGGCGAUCAAAUUGAAAUAUUAAUUUCUCAAUUUAUGCCUCAACUUCGUCAUUUUCAUUGUUUUAUUCAGACAGGCAAUAGUAUCAAUAAGGAAGCUUUUGUGACACUAAGUAAACGUUGGUUUUUAACAUAUAAAUCGAAAUCCAAUAGUUUAUGUACACAUUUUUACACAAUUCCAUGGUCAUUUGAACAACUUGAGAUAUCAAUGUUGGCGGAUGAUGAUACAAUCAGUAUUUGUCCGAAUGUUCGAUAUCUAACAGUUGACGUACCAUGUACAAAUCUAUCACGACGUUUUCCAAACAUUCACACUCUCAAUGUUCUACACGAAUGUAAUUUCUCUAAUGACGAUCAUGUUGAAUUUCGUCAACUUCGUCAUUUAAAAACAACCAAUAUUAAUAUGAUUCCUUUUCUUCCGACAAAACAUAUUCAUACACUGACAUUAUGUGACAAAUUCGAAUUGUUGAACCAUCCAAUCAUUUAUUCAAAUGUGUUACAUUUGAUCUUGGAAAAUCGACAAAUUUAUUCAUUGAAUAUUGUUAAUGCACUUGUAAAAUAUUUUCCUAAUCUUCGUUCGCUCAAAAUUCAACUUCAAACAAAUGCUGAAUAUUACGAUUGCCUCCAUGUGCUACUCAACGGUAUUCCAGGUGGAGGAAUAUUGGGCUUGGAGAGUCUUUGGACUCGACAAAUUUUGUUGAAUCGACAGACUCCAGCUCUGCAUACUGCUUUUGCAACGAUCUAUGGAACAGAAAAUCUUCUAGUAAAUCACGAUCGUUAUGGAAUGUUUCGACCAACCAAAGAACAUCCUGAACGUGCAACUAUAACCAAUCUUCACUUGGAUAUGAAUCCAUGGAAUUAUAUUGGAGAUAAUGAUCAAUCGCAUUUAGCCAAAGUUUUUACCGAGCUACGUUAUCGAUCGAAUCGAGAUUGGAUCUUAGAGAAUGAUGAAGCUGGCUGUGCUCAACUUGGACAAUUAUAUGUACAGGGACUUGUCAAUCUUGCAGAUAAUCAUGAAGAAGAUGGCGGCUUCUGGCUCAUUCCUGGUUUUCAUCAAUAUAUGACAAAGUGGACGAACAAAAACUAUGAGUUUCGAGAAAGGUUUUUGGCACAUGACCAAUUUAUUGUUUUCGACAAAAAUGAGAUACCGGAUAUGUACAAGGCAGCUUGUCAUAUUUCUAUGCGAGCUGGCUCAGCCGUUCUCUGGGAUCAGCGUAUGAUGCAUGGAUCACGAGCAAACUGUAGUUUACGUCCACGCUAUGUUCAGUACCUGAAAAUGUUUCGUGCCGACAUCCCAACUAUGACUCCAGAAAGAGCUGAAAGACGUCGAAAGGCCAUUCUAGAAAAACUUCAAGCCGUGAACAUUGAUCCAAUAACAGAUCUCACUGCUGCGGGCAGAAUAGUUUUUGGACCUGUGAACUAA